AUGGCGUCGCAUUCCCCCCUCUACAUCGGGUUCGACCUGUCGACCCAGCAGCUUAAGGGGUUGGUUGUCAACUCCGAGCUGAAGGUCGAGUACAUCGCCAAGUUCGACUUCGAUGCCGACUCCACCGGCUUCCCGAUCAAGAAGGGCGUCCUGACCAAUGAAGCCGAGCACGAAGUCUUUGCCCCGGUCGCACUGUGGCUGCAAGCCCUGGACACAGUGCUAGGCAGCCUGCACAAGCAAGGCCUGGACUUCAGCCGCGUGAAAGGUAUCAGCGGCGCUGGCCAGCAGCAUGGCAGUGUAUACUGGAGCUAUGAUGCGGCAGAGCUACUCCACAAGCUCGAUCCGAAGAGGUCGCUGGAGGAGCAAUUGCCCGGCGCAUUCUCGCACCCCUACAGCCCCAAUUGGCAGGAUUCGAGCACCCAGAAGGAAUGCGACGAGUUUGACGAGAUUCUUGGCAGCCCGGAGCAGCUUGCCCAAGCGACAGGAAGCAAAGCCCACCACAGGUUUACAGGUCCCCAAAUCCUCCGGUUCACGAGGAAACACCCGGAGGUGUAUCAGAAGACGGCGAGGAUCUCACUGGUCUCAUCAUUCAUCGCCUCGCUUUUCCUCGGCCACGUUGCACCUUUCGAUAUCUCGGACGUGUGCGGGAUGAACCUGUGGAACAUCAAGCAAGGCACCUAUGAUGAGAAAAUCCUCCAGCUCUGCUCCGGCAAUUUUGGCGUCGAGGACCUCAAGAAGAAGCUGGGCCAGGUAUAUGAAGAUGGCGGACUGCACCUGGGAUCGGUCCAUCAGUACUACAGGGAGCGCUACGGCUUCAGCGCGGACUGCACAGUUAUCCCGGCUACCGGCGACAACCCGGCGACCAUUCUCGCGUUGCCGUUGCGCCCAUCGGAUGCCAUGGUGUCCCUGGGUACGUCCACGACCUUCCUCAUGUCCACCUCCAGCUACAGACCGGACCCGGCCACACACUUCUUCAACCACCCGACCACCGCCGGCCUGUACAUGUUCAUGCUAUGCUACAAGAACGGCGGUCUAGCCCGCGAGCACGUGCGCGAUGCGAUCAACGAGACCCUGAAAGACACACCCGCCCAACCCUGGGCCAACUUCGACGAGAUAGCACUGACCACACCCCCAAUGGGCCAGCAGAGCCCAAGUGACCCCAUGAAACUAGGCCUCUUCUUCCCGCGACCUGAGAUUGUGCCGAACCUGCCCGCCGGCCAGUGGCACUUCACAUACGACCCCGCCACGGGCGACCUCACUGAGACAACUACCGGUUGGACCACACCGCAAGACGAAGCCCGCGCCAUCAUCGAGAGUCAGAUGCUCUCCCUGCGCCUGCGCUCCCGCGGUCUCACCCAGAGCCCCGGAAACGGCCUUCCCGCGCAGCCGCGCCGCGUGUACCUCGUCGGCGGCGGCUCGAAGAAUAAAGCGAUUGCCAAGAUUGCGGGCGAGAUCCUCGGUGGCGCCGAGGGUGUGUUCAAGCUGGAUAUCGGCGACAAUGCGUGCGCUCUGGGCGCGGCGUAUAAGGCUGUGUGGGGUAUUGAGCGCGCGGAGGGUCAGACGUUUGAGCACCUCGUGGGUCAGCGCUGGCGAGAGGAGGACUUUGUCGAGAAGAUUGCAGAUGGGUAUCAGGAGGAUGUUUUUGAGCUUUAUGGAAAGGCCGUUGAGGGCUUCGAGGCGAUGGAAAACAGGGUGUUGGAGCAGGUGCGGCUGGCGAAAGGGAAUGACCAUGUGCAUGGAAAGUAG